UAUAUAAUGACCUGGCAUAUUCAGUACCCUCAUUCAGCCUUCACAAUGAGGGGAAUCCUGCUAGCACUAACUAUAGCUCUUGUGGGGAGCCAACAGACAAAGUAUGAACCAAGUUUCAGUGGAAGCAAGACCUAUCAGUACAAGUAUGAAGGUGUGAUUCUGACUGGCCUCCCUGAAAAAGGAUUGGCAAGAGCUGGACUGAAAGUGCACUGCAAAGUGGAGAUCAGUGAAGUGGCACAGAAAACAUACCUGCUGAAGAUUCUGAAUCCAGAAAUUCAGGAGUAUAAUGGGAUCUGGCCAAAGGCCCCAUUCUACCCAGCAUCCAAGCUGACGCAGGCACUGGCAAGUCAGCUAACCCAGCCAAUUAAGUUUCAGUACAGGAAUGGCCAGGUUGGGGACAUUUUUGCCUCUGAAGACGUGUCUGACACCGUCCUCAACAUCCAGAGGGGGAUCCUGAACAUGCUGCAACUAACCAUCAAGACCACACAGAAUGUGUACGGUCUGCAGGAGAAUGGCAUUGCAGGUAUCUGUGAGGCAAGCUAUGUCAUCCAGGAAGACAGGAAAGCUAAUCAAAUCAUUGUCACAAAAUCCAAAGAUCUGAAUAACUGCAACGAGAAAAUCAAGAUGGAUAUUGGCAUGGCUUAUUCACACACAUGCUCAAACUGCAGAAAGAUUAGAAAGAACUCCAGGGGUACUGCUGCCUACACUUACAUCCUGAAGCCCACAGACGCUGGCACUCUGAUCACUCAAGCCACUUCACAAGAGGUGCACCAGCUCACUCCAUUUAAUGAAAUGACUGGCGCUGCCAUCACUGAAGCAAGGCAGAAGCUUAUUUUGGAGGAUGCUAAAGUAGUCCACGUAACUGUUCCAGAGCAAGAGUUAAAGAACCGAGGGUCUAUUCAGUACCAGUUUGCCUCUGAAAUUCUCCAGACCCCAAUUCAGCUUUUUAAGACUAGAAGCCCGGAGACUAAGAUCAAAGAAGUCCUUCAGCAUCUUGUCCAGAACAAUCAGCAGCAGGUUCAAUCUGAUGCCCCCUCCAAGUUCCUGCAGCUUACUCAGCUGCUACGGGCCUGCACCCAUGAAAACAUUGAGGGCAUCUGGAGGCAGUACGAAAAAACACAGCUUUACAGGCGCUGGAUUCUGGAUGCACUCCCUGCGGCUGCUACACCCACUGCAUUCAGGUUCAUCAGCCAGAGGAUCAUGAAGAGAGAUCUCACAGACGCUGAAGCAAUCCAGACUCUAGUCACUGCAAUGCACUUAGUCCAAACGAACCACCAAAUAGUGCAAAUGGCUGCUGAACUGGUGUUUGACCGGGCUAAUCUGAAAUGCCCUGUACUUCGUAAACAUGCUGUGCUGGCGUAUGGCUCCAUGGUGAACAGAUACUGUGCAGAGACUCUCAAUUGCCGUGAGGAAGCUUUGAAGCCCCUCCAUGACUUUGCCAAUGAUGCUAUAAGCAGAGCCCAUGAAGAGGAGACAGUCCUUGCCUUGAAGGCUUUGGGCAAUGCAGGACAGCCUUCUAGUAUCAAGCGCAUCCAGAAAUGCCUACCAGGGUUUUCCUCUGGAGCUUCACAGCUUCCAGUCAAAAUUCAAGUAGAUGCUGUGAUGGCUCUCAGGAACAUCGCCAAGAAGGAACCAGGAAAGGUGCAAGAACUUACCAUGCAACUCUUUAUGGAUCACCAGCUUCACUCUGAGGUCAGAAUGGUUGCCUCCAUGGUUCUGCUUGAAACCAGACCCAGCAUGGCACUGGUGGCAACGCUAGCUGAGGCCCUGCUGAAGGAGACCAGUUUGCAAGUGGCCAGUUUCACCUACUCCCACAUGAAGGCUCUCACUAGAAGUACUGCCCCAGAGAACCAUGCACUAUCUUCAGCCUGUAACGUAGCUGUUAAACUGCUCAGUCGUAAACUUGACAGGCUGAGCUAUCGGUACAGCAAGGCUAUGCACAUGGAUACUUUCAAAUAUCCACUGAUGGCUGGAGCAGCGGCAAACAUCCAUAUAAUUAACAACGCAGCCAGCAUCCUCCCAUCAGCUGUGGUGAUGAAAUUACAAGCUUACAUUCUCGCUGCAACCGCUGAUCCUCUGGAGAUUGGUUUACAUACAGAAGGCCUGCAGGAGGUUCUAAUGCAAAACCAUGAGCACAUAGACCAAAUGCCUUCAGCUGGGAAGAUCCAGCAAAUUAUGAAGAUGCUCAGUGGAUGGAAGUCUGUACCGUCGGAGAAAACCCUAGCGUCCGCAUACAUCAAGCUGUUUGGACAAGAGAUUUCCUUUUCUCGACUGGAUAAGAAAACCAUUCAAGAAGCUCUGCAGGCGGUCAGAGAGCCGGUGGAGAGGCAGACUGUGAUAAAGAGGGUAGUGAACCAGCUUGAGAGAGGAGCAGCUGCACAGUUGUCCAAGCCCUUACUGGUCGCUGAAGUGCGGCGGAUUUUGCCCACUUGCAUCGGCCUUCCAAUGGAAAUGAGCAUCUAUGUGUCUGCUGUGACAACUGCUGAUAUAAAUGUUCAAGCUCACAUCACACCUUCUCCCACCAAUGAUUUCAAUGUGGCUCAGUUACUGAAUUCCAACAUCGUGCUUCAUACUGAUGUCACCCCCAGUAUUGCUAUGCACACUAUCGCAGUGAUGGGCAUCAAUACCCAUGUGAUUCAGACCGGAGUGGAAUUACAUGUUAAAGCGCGCACAACAGUCCCAAUGAAGUUUACAGCAAAGAUUGACUUGAAGGAAAAGAACUUCAAGAUUGAAUCUGAACCCUGCCAGCAGGAGACUGAAGUCCUGUCUUUAAGUGCUCAGGCUUUCGCUAUAUCGAGAAACGUUGAAGAUCUGGAUGCCGCCAAAAAAAACCCACUGUUACCAGAAGAAGCCGUGAGAGACAUAUUGAACGAACAGUUCAAUUCAGGGACAGAAGAUUCAAAUGAAAGAGAAAGAGCCGGGAAAUUUGCCAGGCCCUCUGCUGAGAUGAUGUCCCAAGAGCUGAUGAACUCCGGCGAGCAUCAGAACCGUAGAGGCUCUCGUGCAACGCGAAGUGCCUGCGCCAAGGCCAAGAAUUUUGGAUUUGAAGUUUGCUUUGAGGGAAAAUCCGAAAAUGUUGCUUUUCUCAGAGACUCCCCACUUUACAAGAUAAUUGGGCAACAUCAUUGUAAAAUAGCCCUGAAACCAUCACACAGUAGUGAAGCAACAAUAGAGAAGAUUCAGCUUGAACUCCAAACAGGGAAUAAAGCAGCAUCUAAAAUCAUCAGAGUUGUUGCAAUGCAGAGUCUUGCAGAAGCAGAUGAAAUGAAGGGCAACAUCCUGAAAAAACUAAAUAAACUCCUGACAGUAGAUGGUGAGACCCAGGGUUCAACGCUCAGAGGAUUUAAACGAAGGUCUUCUAGUUCAUCUUCCAGCUCUUCUUCCAGCUCAUCUUCUAGCUCAUCUUCCAGCUCAUCUUCUAGCCAGCAAUCUAGGACAGAGAAAAGAAUGGAGCAGGACAAACUUACUGAGAACCUGGAGCGUGACAGAGAUCACAUGCGGGGCAAGCAGUCUAGAAACAAGAAACAGGAGUGGAAGAACAAGCAGAAGAAGCACCACAAGCAGCUUCUUAGCAGCAGCAGCAGCAGCAGCAGCAGCAGUUCUAGUGGCAGCAAUUCUAGCAGCAGCAGCAGCAGCAGCAGCAGCAGCAGCAGCAGGAGUCACAAUCAUAGAAAUAAUACCCGAACCCUCAGUAAGUCCAAGAGGUAUCAAAACAACAACAACAGCUCUUCUAGCAGCGGGUCCAGUUCAUCUUCAGAGGAGAUUCAGAAAAAUCCCGAAAUCUUUGCAUAUCGUUUCAGAUCUCAUCGUGACAAGCUGGGUUCCCAGAACAAGAGAGGGAGAAUGUCCUCUUCAUCAUCCAGCUCUUCCAGCAGCAGCAGUCAAUCCACAUUGAAUUCCAAGCAAGAUGCUAAGUUCCUGGGAGACUCCUCUCCUCCUAUAUUUGCCUUUGUGGCUCGUGCUGUGAGGAGCGAUGGCUUACAGCAAGGUUACCAGGUUGCCGCCUACACUGACAACAGAGUGUCUCGACCCAGAGUGCAGCUGCUGGUUACGGAAAUCAUUGAGAAAAGCAGGUGGCAAAUCUGCGCAGACGCUAUAUUGCCCAGCAAUUAUAAAGCAAUGGCCAUCAUGAGAUGGGGUGAGGAAUGCCAGGACUACAAGGUUGCUGUUAAUGCUGUGACUGGCCGUUUAGCAUCUCACCCGUCUCUGCAAAUAAAAGCAAAGUGGAGUAGGAUUCCUCGGGCAGCAAAGCAAACCCAAAAUAUACUUGCUGAAUAUGUUCCAGGAGCUGCAUUCAUGCUAGGAUUUUCACAGAAGGAGCAGAGAAACCCAUCUAAGCAGUUCAAAAUAAUUUUGGCAGUAACUUCACCAAAUACUAUCGACACACUCAUAAAGGCACCAAAGAUAACACUGUUCAAGCAAGCUGUGCAAAUUCCUGUUCAAAUACCCAUGGAGCCAAGUGAUGCAGAACGGAGAUCGCCAGGACUGGCAUCCAUCAUGAAUGAAAUUCCAUUCUUAAUUGAAGAAGCAACCAAAUCUAAGUGUGUGGCACAGGAGAACAAAUUUAUCACAUUUGAUGGUGUGAAAUUCUCCUAUCAAAUGCCUGGUGGCUGCUAUCACAUCCUCGCCCAGGACUGCAGGUCAAAAGUGAGGUUUAUGGUAAUGCUGAAGCGAGCUUCAGUGUCAAAAAAUAUGCGAGCUGUGAACGCCAAAAUCUACAAUAAAGACAUUGACAUCUUACCCACUACCAAAGGCUCUGUCAGGCUGUUGAUUAACAAUAAUGAGAUACCACUCUCCCAGCUUCCAUUCACCGACUCAUCAGGUAACAUUCAUAUCAAGAGAGCAGACGAAGGGGUGUCUGUGAGUGCUCAGCAAUAUGGUCUGGAAUCUUUGUACUUCGACGGGAAGACAGUGCAGGUCAAGGUCACCUCGGAGAUGAGAGGAAAGACAUGCGGACUCUGCGGACACAAUGACGGCGAGAGAAGAAAGGAGUUCCGCAUGCCAGAUGGGCGCCAGGCCAAGAGCCCCAACAGUUUCGCCCACUCCUGGGUUGUGCCUGGAGAAAACUGCAACGGAGGCUGCAAGCUUCUGCGUAAUCAUGUAGAACUUGGCAAGACGGUUUUCCUAGCAGGAGAACAUUCAAAGUGUUAUUCCACAGAGCCUGUGCUGAAGUGUGCCGCUGGGUGCUUGCCAACUGAGACCGCUCCCGUAACAGUUGGUUUCCACUGUCUCCCAGCUGGUACCGUUAUCAACACAGGAGAUUAUGGCAGCUUAGCUGAGAAGAGUGAAGACAUGGAGGAGACUGUGGUUGCCCACACUCAGUGCUCCUGUCAAGCUGACCAGUGCACUGAUAUGUAGAUCCUAGCGAGCCACAAAACAGUGGAUCACUUAUUUGAAAUACUCUUGAAAUUUAUAAACAUAAUUACAGUAUACCUGCACUGGGACUUGUUCUCCAAAGCUAGGAAUGUCAUUAAUGAUAGUGAAUAUCAAUUGUAUAUUAUAACGCUUAAUAAAAUAUGUCUGCAUGGAA